CCACCACCCGUUAACCCACCUUACUACCUUAUCAGCUUAUCCACUAAAAAGUUCCCAAUCCAUAAAUCCAUGUUCAACCAACUAGAUGAGUUCUCCACUGAAAAGAUUCAAUGUGAAGCCUUCAUGAAAUUUUUAUUGGCAGCAAUUCCAACCGUGGAAUCGGAAUCUCAUCUCACGUAUAUGCUUGACUGGUACAACUAGCACAACUUGGAUUGCUGGUUUUGCAUUGACAGAGGCAAAUUCCUCAACUCUAGCCACAUUUUAAGACAAGACAGCAACUAACAGCACGUGGAUAUCACACGGCAGCGUGUUGAUUUUGCUUGGUUAACUGGUUCUCAUCACACACUUGAGUAACCAUUUAUUGCAUUACUAUUCCCACCCCUUACUGAUUGACUUUAUUUACCUUUGUCUCUACGCCUUGCCUUUACCUCACCUUUACUCACCUUUGCCCAAUGUCUUCCACCGGGAACGCGUCAGCCCAACGAGUUCCAGCAUGGAAACGAUUGGGCCUUAAGCUUAAGGCUGCAUCUGAAGAGAGCCAGGACGCUACCUUACAUACCGGUACCGUUACUCCGUCUGUGGCCAACCAUCAUCGGGAAAAGCCUGCCGGGCCUAUCAAUGCCAAUGCGAAGAGGAAAUCUUCUGGCGUUCCUGCAUUAGACCAUUCGGCAAAAAAGCCGAAACGAGACAACGCUCAAAGCCAGACUGCUUCCACUCAUUCACCACCGAAAAAAACAAAAUCUGUUUCGUUCGCUGCCGAGUCCACCCAACAGGCCGGGUCCGCAGUAACGAAGAACGGCACACAAGUCACAAACAAACAAAAACAGUCACCUAAGAAAGCCUCUGCUGUUCCUGCAAAGCCGGCCAAGAAGCAAGCUGCUGUCAACUUGGAGCCGGCGCUUGCGUACUUACGACAGUGGCACACAUCCAAGGACACCUGGAAGUUCAACAAAAACCACCAGACCAGGCUGCUGGAACAGGUCUUUGCCGAUGAGACUACUAUACCGGCAGCUGAUAUCAACAUGUUCUACGAAUAUAUCCGGGGUCUGAAGGGAGCUGUUAGAACGAGAUUAAGGGAGCUUGCAUCUGGCACUAAGGCGCAGGAUAUGGAAUUAGAAUCACAAGGUUUCCCUACCUCUAACAAGGAGAUGGCUGAGAAAAGGCAGAGGGAAUAUGAGGAGAUCAUUGCGGCUUUUCUACGUCAGCCAAGGAUAACAGGAAAACGACGUUUUGACGAAGUAGACUAUGUGUUACGAACUUCUGACAUAGAAAUGCAACGCCGGGUUGUUAAGCGGAUGCGUUGUGAGAACGUGCUGGAUGAAUUGUCUGAUAGCGAGACCGAGACAGUAUCACCAACUACGACCACCGCCGAGGAGUCAGAGGGAGCUACUAGCGAAGGAGCUACGGUUGCGACUGAGGAUGUUCAGCGACUAAGACUGAAUGAUGGCCCCCCACAAAGGGUCAAGCGGAAGAGAAAGACGCGGACGGCAGUCGUUGACGAAGAUACAAGUUCAGAAUCUGACUCUAGCUCCGAUUCUGAUUCUGAUUCCAGCGAUAGUAGCAGCUCUGAUGACGGAUCAGGGAACGAGGUAGCGCAACCCCAAUCGCGUGCGGGCGAUGCCGACACUUCUUCUAGCAGCUCUUCGUCGGAAUCCGAAUCCACUUCCGAUGAUUCAGAUGACGAUUCCGAGGAUGACGAUUGAUAGGACUCGAAAAUCCCAGGUGUAUUGCAACCCAUCACAAUAAUAGAUAGACGCGCACGUUCUACGCACAGGAUACCCAA